AUGUUCCGGUCCAUUAUACGGCUUGAGAGAAUUACGCACCUCAAUAGAAACCCGCGUACUGAUAUGUGGGUUACGAAAGAGGCGGCAGCGAGUUUGAUGCGGGCAAUACGCUCCAUGACUCGCGAACGUACUCCACUUUUCUGCGAGGUUGUUAGAGACCAAAUUCGCGACGGUGCUCACAGGACUAGGGCCUUGGGCAGUUGGCGUUUGGCCAUAUGGCAGCCAUGGAAGGAUCGCGUUGGUCCUUCUGUUACCGUAGAUAGUGGUAAGGCCAGGAAAGAAACUUCAGCGGUGCUCACCCUUAAUGUCAAUGGGUUUGUUCAUAAGAAAUGGGAGCUAGCUGAGAUCCUGAGGAAGGAGAAUGUGGCAAUCGCUUGUCUGCAGGAAACUGUCGUCGGUGAUAAGCAGUACCCCGUACGACUUUCGGGGUACAACACGUUUGACGUCCCCUGGCAAGAGGGAUUCCGUGGGCAGGCUGUCCUCGUUGACUCGAGGUUGCCGGCCUACGAGGUCCCCCAUGGUGAGCAAUUUGUGAUCCAUGUCAAGGUUUCGAGAUUUCACGGGUUUAAACGACCUUUGCACGUCUUAGGCGUGUAUCUGCCAUCUGGAGGGAACUUCAGGCGAGAGAGAACCUCUCGGUUUAACAAGCUGGUAGGGAUUUGUCGAGAUAUUUUGAGAAGUGAACCUGGUGCGGUCAUCGUGGCGCUUGGCGAUUUUAAUAUGCCUGUGCCUAGGAUUCGUAGUUUGAGUCCUGCCGACGCUGAAGUGCUUGCACGCUUGACCCCGGUCGGGUCUGCGCUUAGCCGCUUCCCUCGGAGAGGGAAGCCCGGUGCCAUUGACCAUGUCAUGGUAUCUGGAGCAGCUAAACAAGCCUUCCGUCGUCCGAGAGUGCUGCGCCAUGGUCCAUCCGUUGACAGUCAACGGUGCUUGGCAGGAACCACAGAAGACCUUUAG